AUGAGCGAAACACCCCAACCCUCCUACCUCAUCGUCGGCGCCGGCGUCUUCGGCGCCUCCACCGCGCUCCACCUCAUCCGCGCCGAACCCCGCGCCCGCAUAACCCUCAUCGACCGCAACGCCUUCGACGCCCCCGUCCGCGUCGCCGCCUCCUGGGACUGGAACAAGGUCGUCCGCGCCGACUACGCCGACAUCGAGUACAUGCGCCUCUCCCUCGAGGCCAAGGCGCUCUGGGCCUCGGACCCCCUCUGGAAGCCCUUUUACCACGAGAGCGGCGUCUACUGGGUCUCCGCGACGGACUUUUCGCAGGUCGUGCGUGACAACUACGCGAAGCUGGGCGUGGAAUCGGGAUUGUUCGCGCUGAGCGUCGAGGAGGCGCGGGAGACGUACGGGGGGAUAUUCGAGGACGGGGAUUACACGGGUGUGAAGGAGGUGUUUGUGAAUAAGAACAGCGGGUGGGGCGAGGCGAAGGAGGCGUUGGAGGCGACGAUUCGGGAGGCUGUGAGGCGCGGGGUGAGGUAUGUACAGGCGGAGGUGGAGAGGUUGGAGUUUGACGCGGAGGGCGCGACGACGGGGGUGAGGACGACGGAGGGGGAGAGGAUUGGGGCUGAUAAGGUCAUCUUGUCCACGGGCGCGUAUACGGCGAAGUUGCUGGCCGACAGCGCGCCGGACCGUACGGAGCUGCACGCCGGCGAGAGGUUCGUCGCUGCGGCUGUGACUGAGGGGUUCACGCCCGUCUCCGGGGAGAAGGCGGCGCAGUUGUAUGACGGGCCGGUUGGUAUCUCGACGGUGCCGCCUGAGCGAGGCGCGAGCAACGGAAGCGUCCCUCAUUCAAAAGACAGGACGCUCAAGUUCUGGGGCCAGAUCAUCUUCCGCAACACCCAACCGCACCCCAACGGCAGUCUCAUCUCCAAGCCCCCCUCGGAGCCGGACUACGCGCAACUCGACGUGCCGGCCUCUCUCAAAGAGGACGUGGACUUUGCGGGGAAGAGUAUCUACGGGAAGCUCAGCGACGAGUUCAAGGUCGAGAAGUACCGUAUCUGCUGGGAGGCGGUUUCGCCCAGCGAGGACUUCAUCAUCUCGGCGCACUCGGGGAGCAAGAAUCUCUACGUUGCGACGAUUGGGUCGUUCCACGGGUGGAAGUUCCUGCCCGUGCUGGGGAAAUAUGUGGUGCAGCUGCUUCAGGGGUCGCUGGAUGAGAAGCUGGCGAGGAAGUGGGCUUGGGAUAAGGAGCUUGUUCCGCCGACGCAUAGCGCGUGGCCGAGGAGGGAGUUUAGCGAGUUGAAGUGA